UGUAGGAUGAAUUGAACGUGAAGAAGUGUAGUCGUGUACUUCUCCAUGCAAUAUUGGUGUCCUUGACAGGGGUGGAGAGUACUACAUAUUGCGAGAAAACGACGCGCGGCACUGUACCAGCCAGUCCGACUUUCUAAUCUCGCAGGUCAUGACGUUCUAUCACCCGACUACUCAGUUCAGUACAAAGGGCAAAGUCCUCAUCGUUCCAGUUGUUUCUGUCGCAAACGUCGCCCAGCUUGCAGCCGAUCUCCUAAUCACUUCACUAUCCCUGUACCGCGUAGGCAUAUUUGACCCUACAAAUUUAGUUCCUGUCGUUGGCGCUCGCGAAGAUGAUCUUCCUGGCGUUACAACGCCGCUUGAGCUAUUUGGCCGUGACGACGUUAAUGUUGCAGUCAUACAGCAACGCUCUCCCGCAUUAAAGUUCUCGAAGCAGGAUUUUGUUGACUCCCUGUUGGAAUUCAUCCGGACUUCAGGAACUUCAGCUGUCCUCAUUAUUGGGGGAGUGGAUAUGUCCAACAGGACUGAUCGUCAGAUGCUGACACCUACCUGUCAGAUCGUUCCCCCUGGGACACCUGAUUUGACUUCUGGUCCGUUGGCUGCCCUCAAAGCCUUGCCAAUACCCGUCUACAGUUCACCCGUCUCCCAGUUCCUACACAACGAUGCAGAAAGGACAGCCAUACCUUUCAUACCCGGCGGAGGCCUAUCUCGCCGAAUUCUUUCCUCGCUUUCCUCGACAUGGCAAAUCCCGACUGUAUGUUUGUUGCAAUAUGUCAUGGAGGGAGACAACAGAGCGGACGCCCAGCUCAUGGCAGCUGUAGUAUCCAAGGCGUUGCAAAUAGAGGUUCCUAACUGGAAGCAGCCUAGCAGUUGGGGUCAUGGGCUUUUCGGUACCCCUCACGAUCAAACAUUGUACGGUUGACGAAUGUAUUCUACAGUCUGGUGCAGUUGUUGGUAACAAAAAUCAAGCAA